AGAUCAACUGUGGAAACAGAGGUGAUGAAUAAUGUUGGGAAUGAUUAGUGUUACUACUGAGAGAAGUGGACAAUUCCAGGAGACCGGUGGGCCAGUAGAUUUCAAAACGAAGUGUAGAGAUAGGCUGGACCAAUCACCAUCUUGGAAGACGGUGACGUCACGCCGGCGGGAAAACCGCCCCUUCACCUCCGAAAUGCAAGAGAGAGACUUUGUUGUGGCCUGUCCAGUUGCCCGAGCUCGUUCCUGCGAUUAUGAACCCGUGAAACGGACUGAACCAUAUUUACGUCAAGGCGGGAAGAUUUAGGAAAACGAAAUUAGUAGCUGCUCUUGACAAAUUGCGGAUUCGCCGUGUUUGAAGAAGAAAGAUGUGCUGUGGGGAGUGUCUGGACGCAGUGACAUGUUGACUGACCCACGAAAGCCGUCGUGUGUAUCUAAAGUACACUCAGAACUUCAGCCAGUAGACAGUGGCUGGUGGGACGCACUGAGGAGGUACGCCUACAGGGACCGUAAGAUCGUUGGUGCGGGCGCGCGGGCGUGCUGACCCGGCAGGAUGGACUUCACAUCCACCUCCAUGGCCCUCGACCCCGAGGGCGUCGCCAGCUACACGGCCUCCAGCCUCGAAUCUGCCAUCUCCUCGACCCGGGUGUCCGGCAGCGGCCUGACGGACAUGGCCGUCCUGACCAACCUGACGGCUGCCGUGGCCGCCCUGGCCUCCACCACCUCCACGCCCUGGGAGGACACCACCAUCGAGGGCGGCCAGGCGGGUGGUGGGCACAGUACCCCCAAGUACCCGUACAAUAUGCUGGGCUUCACUGCUGCCAGCGCCUUCAUUAUCUCCAUCCUCGGCACCUUUGGUAACCUGCUGACCAUCAUCGCCUUACCCCUGAGCAAGAAGCUGCGGACGACGGCCACGGCCUUCGUGGUGAACCUGGCGGUGGUGGAGCUGCUCUUCUGCGUGUUCAUCCUGCCCAUGUCGGGCGCCCAGUACCUGUACCUCCAGCAGACGAACGACUCUCUCCUCACUAACCGUGACUGUGUGUUCUUCACCUCCGUCAGGUACACGCUCACCCAGGUGGAGCUCCAGACCAUCUUGGCUAUAGCGUUCACCAGGGCGCUGGCUGUGAGCGUGCCCAAGCUGUACACGGCCAUCAACCGACCCACCAUCAUGGGCUGCUACAUCGCCGGCAUCUGGAUGUACUCCCUUUUCCUCAAGCUCCCUCCUGCACUCGGGCUGGUGGGCGAGUACGGGUUCAACGAGGACACGAUGGAGUGCGACAUGACCAAAGGCAGCAUCAAGGCUCGCUACUUCUACAUCGUCGUGGAGGCCGUCAUACCUGUCCUGCUCAUCUUUAUCCUCUACACCUUCGUCUUCAUCAUGGUGGUCAGAAGAGCAUUAAUCAGACAGCGAAAGUUCAGCCAAAAUUUCCCGCCUCCGCCACAGCCGCCGCCACAGGUGAAGCUGAGUUCUGCUCGCGUGGCCCGAGCCGCCUCCAGGAGUAAGUCCAAGGUGGUGUCUCCUCAGAGCUCCAUCGCCUCCACCUCCACCACCUCCACCUCCGCCGGCCAGAGGAAGGACUCGAAUUCAAGUUUCAGAAGCCUCAAGCGGCUCGUUUCUGAGUCUAACCUGCGCUCCAGAUUCCUUCAUGCGGCAAGGUUACUCAAUGGGAAGAGCACCCACCAGUCUUCCAACGUCAGCCAGCGCUUGACCACCAACCGCAGGGACAUGAGAGUCGCUCGCACCAUCUUCAUCAUAUUCCUGCUCGUCCUCGUCUGCAGUGUGCCGGUGGCCUGUGUUCAUGCUAUUGAUACGAAAGUCAAGUUCCCUGUUCGCUUCUUACUUCUGCACGUGUUGUACUGGGUGCAGUACUGCCUCAACGUGGUGGUGUAUGUGUUUAUGAACCGCCAGUACAGAGAUGCGUAUGUGGAAUGCCUUGCUCGAGUCUUCCCACGGUUCAAGGCACAUCAUGGCCGGAGAUUCUUCUGGGAAAAAGCGAGCGUUUCAUCUAAGCCACAACCUAAUUAUACGUCCUCUAAGCCAGUAAAUCAAUUUGAUUCCUCUGCUUCGGAGGCUGAUCCAGCAGCUGUCGUUCCCCAGGGCGCUGCCAUUCAAGGUAGAUUGACAGCAAUACCCGAAGGUCAUAGCAGCUCAGCGGCGAACGACAGCGUGUUCUCAGACCCACAGAAAAAAGCUCAAGAAAACUCCUCCAAAGAAGAACUGAAGAGAAAUAAAAUCCAUGAGGAUGGUGAAGGCAGUGUUGAUAGUGAAGAGAGUGAUGGCGAUUACGAUGAUGUGAAUAACGGUAUAGACGAGGAGCAGGUACUGAUGGACCGGGAGCACUGGGUCACCAAGAAUGGCUCCACUGCCAGCAGUCUACCUGAUGAUGAAGCCAAGCUCUAAACUUUCCAAAUGUUAUGGUGUUUGAGCCACUAUUAUAACAAGAUAUUAAACUCAAUCCAUAAAUUUUAUGGAAUGAGUUUAAAAAUCCAUAAAUUUUAUUUAAUAUAUCACUGUGGUACAGAAUAUGUUAUUUUGAAUUAUAAUGCGAUAACAAAAAUCUCUCAAGUUGGGUCAGUAUAUCCUUUUCUUCAUGGAGGUUGAAGUUAAACUUGAUGAACAGUAUUACUCCUUGGAACAUAUAAUAUGAACUCGAGACUGUUCUGGAAUCUCAGAAUUUGUGUGAAGAUAGUGUUGUUUGUUGUGCAUCAUGAAUAUAAUAUAUUUUAUAAUUCCAUGUAUUAAUUAACAGUAUUAACUGUAGCUCCGUUUCACAAGUGGAAUAAUUAUGUUAAUGAGGCAAUUCACAAAUAAAUUGUAAGUUUCCAUUAUAACUUAAUUGUGCAAACAAGCAGUUGUACCUAUUUAUAAGUUCUCGUAAAUUUAAGCAAUCUUUUUCCCUCUCCUGGCAUGGUAAUUGUACUUGAAAGGGGUUAUAGGAAUUUUUUUUACUCCCCAAGCCUGGUCUAAGGUCAAGCUUGAUCCAACAGGCUGUUGUUUGGACAUAUCCGAUUCGUGGUUCAACCUUGACGUUGUAUGGAUGCCUGACUUUUGAUCCGCCUGGGGAUCGCCGGAGAACGUUUUGUUUUUGCUGCUCAUUGGGUAAUUGUAUUACGUUCUGUUGCAACCCAUGGCGAUAUAUGUGCCGCCUGGCACAUAUUGCUCUGCCGGAGUUGUAACUUUGUAUAUGUGUGUGUGGGGGGAGGGGGUUGGGGGGUUGGCCGGUGCCUGCCUUGUCAGGGAUAUUUGGGUGUCGCCAGGUGGUCAGCGCCACUAGGGGGUCUUGGUAUUGUUGGUAUGAAGGGCAGCGACAGGACUAAGCCGUAUGUACCCUGCCAGUCCAAAUUUGAGAAGUCGGUGAGAAUAUAUUCCCUUGAUGGUGGUAUAUAACAGCCAGCAGGGGGACAAGUCACAGCUCAUAUGUGUCGAUGUAGUCCUGUAGACGUUAUGAAACUAAAUGUGUAUUGUAGGACGGCAUAACGGCUGUCUUCAUAAAGACCUGCUCCACCAAGGACAGGAAGCGUGAGGUGUGCAAUAUUAAGGUCUGCCCCAACUGUAGUGGUGAUCAUGCCACCAUUUUCAAGCAGUGUCCUUCCUACGUUGCGGCGCUCACUAAGGCUCUUCCUGUCGUCAUUCCUCCCUCCAGUCGUGCUUUUCCUGCCCCGGUUCCUUGUUACCCACCGCUUCCCUCUCCGCCGCCGCCAUUGCCUGUGCCUGACCCAUUUGUCACUGACGUUCCUCUCGCCCCUGCGGCUUCUUCUUUCCCACCCGCCAUUCAGCUUAGUCCCGAUCUUGUUGACGCUAUUGUCGCUCGCGUUGUGGAUGCACUCCAGACGGUGCUGGUCCACCUCGUCACUAAAUCUUUGUCUGGCCAACUGUUUCCACCACCUAGUUUCAUUACUUUGCAGUUACUCGGGUUAAACUUUAACAGCCAUUUGUUGGACUAUUUAUUCAGUCUGUCUAGGUCGUCCUGUAGCCUCCUACUAUCAUCCUCAGUUUCAAUC